CGGCGGGGCGCGAGGUGGAGUCCUCCGCGAUCCCGUGGUGCUGCGCGGCGCGGCCUCUCUCUCUUCCGGUCGCGAGCUGACAGGGUGUAGAGGGCGGUCGCGGCAGGCACAGCGGGCUGCGGCUGGGCGGCGGCGGCAGGAUGUUGACUACCCGAGUGUUUAGCCUAAUUGGCAAGCGAGCAAUUUCCACCUCGGUGUGUGUACGAGCACAUGGGGGUGUUGUGAAGAGUGAGGACUUUGCUCUCCCGAGUUAUGUCGAUCGGCGUGACUACCCCUUACCUGACGUGGCCCACGUCAAGAACCUCUCUGCCAGCCAGAAGGCCUUGAAAGAGAAGGAGAAGAACCCCUGGACCAGUCUGUCGAUUGAAGAAAAAGUUGAAUUGUAUCGCAUUAAGUUCAACGAGAGCUUUGCAGAAAUGAACAGGAGCACGAAUGAGUGGAAGACAGUUGUGGGUGCUGCCAUGUUUUUCAUCGGCUUCACUGCUCUCAUUCUGAUCUGGGAAAAGCGCUACGUGUAUGGCCCCAUCCCGCACACCUUUGAAGACGACUGGGUGGCCAAGCAGACCAAGAGGAUGCUCGACAUGAAGGUCAGCCCGAUCCAGGGCUUCUCUGCCAAGUGGGACUACGACAAGAAUGAGUGGAAGAAAUAAGAACCUGCCAUUCACGUGUCUGAACCUCACCUUGUUCUGUCAUUUCAUUGCAGUUCAGCAUAUUUACUGGAAACUCUUACGUUGCAGUCCCAAUGCUAAUAAACAAGCAGUUUACUUGAAA